CUUAACUCUAGAUACUAUGAUUAUUUUGAGUCGAGUGAUAAAUAGCAAAGCAGAAUAGCCGAACCCUAGAGUGGACGACUUGAACCCAAGCCCCUGCCAUGUCUCGUCGUGAUUCCGAUUCCAGACACCAUCGCUCGAGGCUCGAUCGAGAACCUAGCCCUAAGCGAGUUAAAAGGGAUGAAGAAACAGCAACAGAUCGACCAACCAGCAACCUUACUUCUACUGAACGUUAUGAUCGUGAUAGAAAACACCAUCGUCGGUUGCAAGAUUCUGUUCCUCUCGGGCGCACAACAGCAACCGAUUCAAAAACAGAAAAUGUUUCAUCGAGCAAAGAAUCUGACAGAAAAAGAAAUGGAUACCGUGAAGGAACAAAGAAUUCUUCUGAUAAAAUUGAAGCACCUCGAUCCCGAUCUCACAUCCAGCAUGACGAGCGUGCUGGGCAAGUUGGUAAUAGCUUCAGACACAAGGAGACUACCGAGCGCGAGUCGUGGAAAGACAAGAAGCUGAAAGAUGACAAAACCAGAUUUGACGGCUCGUACAAAAGGGAACCGGAUUCAAAGCAUGUUUCAAAGAAAAGACCUUCGUUUCGAGAGACAAAACUACCGGUUAAUGAGUCAGCAACACAAGGUACGAAAACAUUAGCCGAGGGAAGUGAGAGAGAGGAGAGAGGAAAGCCGCUAGAGAGGCCACCGGGGGACCGACCCGACAGGCGGCUGUCAGGCGGAAGGGACGCACACAGGAAUGAAACACCGAGGAUGAAGUUUCAAUCAAGAGUUAGGUAUGGCAGUGAUGGUGGCGGCGGUUUUGGUGGUUCUUUCAGGGGGAGAGAUGGGUUUAACGAGCGGCAACGGCAGACUGGUGGGAGAGUUGAAAAGUGGAAGCAUGAUCUUUAUGAUGAAGCUAAUAAAAGCCCAACUGAAAAGAAUGAAGAGGAUCAGAUUGCAAAGGUGGAAGCCUUGCUUGCUUCAUAGACGUCUUAGUGUUUUGUUUAUGUUGAUGUUUAGAUCAUUUGUUUUUCGUUCAAGUGACGUUAAUGUGAUUGCCAACCCAUGAUACGGGUCGAAGUUUUAGUUUGGUCGUUGGUUUAUGAUUAUCAAAUUCUUGUUGCAAUUAAGACAAUAAGAUAUGUUUAUUAAUAACG